AUGCGCAAUCGAUUCGGUAAACGAACCGCGUUUGUCUUCCUGCCAUUCUCCUCCUCAAUCCCACUCCAUUUCAUCCCACUCCUUCCCACUCCUCUUCCCACUCCCUCCACUCACCCCUGCACCCCACGCGCGCAGGCGCGGGACAUAGUGGUGGGGGGCAAGAACGGCUGGACGUACCAGCUGAACAACUGGAAGCCCAACCCGCCCGCGCGCGUAGGCGACGUGCUUGUGUUCAAGUGGGUUGGCAAGCACGACGUGUGGCAGAUGAACACUCCCUUGGCGUACCGGACCUGCAACUUCCGGCCCGGCGCGGCUAAGAAGCUGACGGGGCAGGUCACUGGCGGCAAGUACAGGUUUGUGGUGCCGGCCACAGCUAAGGGCAAGACCCUGUACUUCGGGUGUUCCGUGGUGUACCAUUGCGAGGGCAUGAUGAAAGUGGCGAUUCCGGUUCAGGCUUGA